GCUUGGGCUCACUGAAAGCCCGUUUGUGAUUAGAAACCCCAGGAAAGAAAUUCAAUUGAUUUUAAUCAAAAUCUUCUUUCGAGGGAGAUUCCCCAGUUCCUUUCCCCACUGUUAUAGUAAUGCUCUACCCAACCAAAAUAAGAAGAAAAAGAUGAAAUAAUAAUGUCCGAGAGAAGAGAAGAAGAGAAGAGCUUUGUCUGGAACAGGUGAUAAAAUAAUGGAGUCGGAGAUGGAGAUGGAGGAAAGAAAUAAACCGACUGCAAUCUUCAUGGCCUUUGGUACUAAAGGCGACGUUUAUCCCGUCGCUGCCAUUGCUGCAGCGUUUGCUUGUGACCAGAAACAAUACAGUGUUGUCCUGAUAACUCAUUCGGCACACGAGAACUUAGGUCAUCACUUGGCAGAGAAACAUGUUGCUUAUUACCCAAUUUCAUCACCCCCUGUUCUUUCUUCUGAUCAAGAUCAUGAGACUACUACAGGACGCGGCUCACUGGAGUUGUCAUUUUUGCUGCAAAAAAGAAUAGUUAAAAGAGAACAUAGACGGGAAUGCUAUUCUGUAGUUCAGAGAAUAUUUGGAUGUGGCCCAAGCUUGGAGGGUGAUUUCAUUGCAAUAAAUUUCUUUGCAUUGGAAGGGUGGAGCCUUGCGGAAAUGUUCCGUGUCCGUUGCAUAGUUGUGGCUCCAUAUGUUGUCCCCUAUAGUGCUCCUUCAUCAUUUGAGCGCCAGUUUAGAAAAGAAGAACCUCUUUUAUAUAGAUAUCUCCAGGAAGCUCCCAUUAACAAGGUUUGUUGGAAAGACGUCAUUCAUUGGAUGUGGCCUCUUUUCACUGAAAAUUGGGGAUCAUGGAGAUAUGAUGAUUUGAAUCUGAGUCCUUGCCCUUUUACGGAUCCAGUAACAGCUCUUCCCACAUGGCAUGAUAGACCUCCAUCUCCCCUUGUAUUGUAUGGAUUUAGCAAAGAGGUUGUUGAAUGCCCUGAUUAUUGGCCUUCGACUGUCCGAGUUUGUGGCUUUUGGUUUCUGCCUCUAGAAUGGCAGUUCUCAUGUAAGAAGUGCAGUGAAAUUUCAGCCCUUGUUUCUUCAGGGAAUCUGCAGAUAAAAGAUGUACUAUGCUCAGCUCACCUUGUUUUACAAAAUUUUCUGGAGGCUCCAUCAACACCACCUAUUUUUGUUGGGCUGAGUUCUGUUGGAAGCAUGGGUUUUUUGAAGAAUCCUCAAGCGUUUCUUCGUGUUCUUCAAACUGUAAUAGAGAUCACUAGUUACAGAUUUAUUCUUUUUACAGCUGGCUUUGAACCUUUAGCUUCAGCUGUCCUUAUGAUUGCUGCAGAAGCAUCGUCACAUUUAAGUCAAAGACAACUUAGUGAAGAUUGCAUCUCUAUCUUUGAUGGUCAACUCUUCUGCUUCACUGGUUCCAUGCCAUACAAGUGGCUGUUUCCGCAAUGUCUGGCUGCAAUUCAUCAUGGUGGCAGUGGAGUAACUGCUGCUGCAUUACAUUCGGGAAUCCCACAGGUAGUAUGUCCGUUUAUAUUAGAUCAGUUCUAUUGGGCUGAGAGGAUGUUUUGGCUUGGAGUUGCACCAGAACCACUGAAUAAAGGCCACUUGCUUCCUGAUAAAGAUGAUGUCUGUAGCAUCCAAGAAGCUGCAACUGUGCUAUCAAGGGCCAUCAAUAAUGCAUUGUCUCCUAGAGUCAAAGCAUGUGCAGUAGAAAUUGCUGGCAGAAUUUCUCUAGAGAACGGAGUCUUGGAGGCCGUGAAGAACCUCAAGGAAGAGCUGAGUUGUCCGCGUUAAGAUCAUCAGCUAAAUCCCACUUCCUAGUUUGCAGCGUCAAUAAAUGCUGAAGUAAAUUCUAUAGACUUCUUUUUCCACCGUUUUAGCCAUUGGAGGUAGUGUCCUUGACUGUUGCUCUGUCGCCAAGAUUUUGCCGACACAUUGAAGAGACGAUGACCCCCCUUCUAUCGCAAGCAAGGUGUGCCUAGGGAAGGGCUUUCCCUCCAUGGGAAGGCCCGAGUCUGGACCCCUCUCCCUAUUUUAUUUUAA